AGAUUCCGGAAGAGCAAGGGCGGAAAUACGAAAAGCAGAAGAAACGAAAGGGAAACGGGAGACGGUGGCCGGCAGGGGUCUCACAUUAGGGGCCUUCACCCGGCCGCCGAGAGAGCUGCGCCUGCGCAUUGUGCUGGUCUCCAUUUCGGGGCCUCGGAGCCAAGACGAGAGAGAAUGCUGCUGUAAAGACACAGUUAUAGCUUUCAUAUAAAUGAAGAUACACUUAGGAUUUCGCACUUCUGAAAGGAAAAACUUCCAAGUGAAAACAAAAGGCAUUUCUAGAAGAAUGCUUGAGGCCUGAAAGGUAUGCUGAGGCCGACAGAACAGGAGAUAAUUGCCACUGAAAAGACAGUCUGUGAUUCACAGCUUCCAAGAAGAAGAGGACAUGCCAUAUCCUGCAGGGCCACACAAAACACCACCACGUGCUUGUGAUGAAAUCCAGGACUUUGCUUAUGCUAAGGCAAACACUGCUGCUAUUAAAUAAUAGGAGAAAAUGGAAUUGAGUUCAACACCAGAAUGGAAGAGUCUAACGAUUCAUUAGAAGCCAGCUGUAAUGAUGAUGAAACAUCCCGAACAGAUGUGCAGGAAUUUGAGCAUCUAGCUUGUAUGGACACCAGGGAUCCUUCCUUUGGACAAAAUGAUUCUCCGACAGUUUUGUCUGUCACUACUGCUGAAGCAAAUGAUACACUCACACCACAGGAUAUCCCAGGACCCCUAACUGAGACCCCAACUCUUUCUGCAGAGCAGUUCCAUCUAGUGGACCAAAAUGGGCAUCCUGUUCAAUAUGAACUUCAGUCUCUGGGAGAUUCACAAAUGACAGGAAUGGGACAAGUGAUUGUACCUCAGGGGCAGCUUGUGGAUACAAGUAGUCCUCAAGAUAUCUCUGAAGAGAAAUCCAGUGACAGGAGUAUACCAACACUAAGAGUGGAUGCUCUGGCAGACAGCACUAGUAGUUACAUCCUCCAUUCUCACACGUCGCUCACGUUGCCCAGAAAGCCCGGCACUGCAGGCCUGGGGAUCGAACCCCUGGCUCCUAUUCAGGCCACUGGUUGUAAUGGACCAAAAUUUGCUAGUUUAUUAUUUGAUUUUUACUUCAUGCAGAAAAUUGGAGAUUCAUACCGUGGCUACUGUGUAAGUGAGACUGAAUUAGAAAGUAUCCUAACAUUUCAUAAGCAGCAAACACAGAGUGUUUGGGGGACCCGCCAGUCGCCAAGCCUAGCCAAGCCUGCUACACGCUUGAUGUGGAAAUCCCAGUAUGUCCCAUAUGAUGGAAUCCCAUUUGUCAAUGCAGGGAGUAGAGCUGUGGUGAUGGAGUGUCAGUAUGGGCCAAGGAGAAAAGGUUUCCAGUUAAAAAAAAUCAGUGAACAGGAAAGCAGGUCAUGUCAGCGCUACAAAGCCACCUGUCCAGCCAGGAUUUAUAUUAAAAAGGUGCACAAGUUUCCUGAAUACAGAGUACCUACAGAUCCCAAAAUUGACAAGAAAAUAAUCAGAAUGGAACAGGAAAAAGCUUUUAACAUGCUAAAGAAGAACUUGGUAGAUGCUGGUGGUGUUCUUAGGUGGUAUGUACAGUUACCUACACAGCAAGCUCAUCAGUAUCAUGAACUAGAGACGACUUGUCUCCCUUUAUCACCUUCCCCUUUUCCUAUUUCUUCUCUUGAAGAAGAGGAAACUGCAGUCAGAGAUGAGAAUUGUGCAUUACCCUCACGUUUACACCCUCAAGUAGCACAUAAGAUUCAAGAGUUAGUAUCACAGGGCAUAGAACAAGUAUAUGCAGUGAGGAAACAGCUAAGAAAGUUUGUGGAAAGAGAACUUUUCAAACCUGAUGAGGUACCUGAAAGACAUAAUUUAUCUUAUUUUCCAACUGUAAAUGAUAUAAAAAAUCACAUCCAUGAGGUACAGAGAUCAUUGAGAAAUGGAGAUACGGUAUACAACUCAGAGAUCAUUCCAGCCACGCUUCAGUGGACUACAGAUAGUGGAAAUAUUCUCAGAGAGACUGUGACAGUUACAUUUGCGAAAGGAAACUCAUCAGGAGAAUCAAUUCCCUCCAAAGUGGAAACAAAUCAGACAGGGACUUCUUUGUCUCCAGAGCCAACUCACUUGCUUUCCUCACUUUCUUCAUUUCAGCCCAAAAUAUUUACACAGCUACAGGGUUUGCAGUUACAACCAAGAUUCACUUCUCCAGAUGGGUUGCCAACUCUGUUAUCAGGAAAUAGCCACUCCUCCAGUCCUUCAACACUUCUGGAUUCAAUAGAAAGUACUUCAGUGAAUAAUAAUUCUUUACUUCAUGGUGAAAGUCACAGCCUUCCAACAGAUACAUGCCUAACCCAAAACAGUAGUACGGCAUCUACUGGUGGUAACCUUCAAGGACCAGAACAAAAUCUAGUGGCAGUGGAUCAGCUGAUGGAAGAUGGAGACGUUGAGGAUACGGGGAAUCUGGAAGGAAGUGUUCAUCAGAUAUUGUUGGAAGAUAUGCAGACCAUUCCAAUACAGAUUAUAGACAACCACCCAGCUCUUAUUGAAGAAAAUCUGGGAUGUACUAUUUCUGUGAAUCAAGUUAAGCAAGACCCCAAAGAACCAACAUUAUCUAUGGCACCAAAAAAGAAUUUAGACUGUAAAUUAUCUGCUACAUAAAUUUUGAAGCUUUCAGAAUUUACAACUCUGAUGACUUCUGAUGUCUUAGAAAAGAAGGUGAAUAUUAAAGCACAGCAUGUGAUAACUGGACUGAAGACUGAUUUGAUGAGCAGCUUUGAUUUAAAACUGGUAUAUUUGUUGAAAAUUGCAUAUUUUUGCCUUCAUUAAGAGAUAUUUUACUGUUUUUAUUUUAUAUAAUUCUUAUGGUUUUUGAUUGCCUAAAAUGGUCAGUAUUUCAAAAGACCAUCUGAACUUAUUAACAGUAAUUUAGUCUGAACACAAAGGGUUAUAUGUAAUUCAUCUCUGGAAAUACCCAGUUUUGGUUCUUACAAGACAAAAAAGCAAAAACAAAAAUAAUUUGAGUGUAUAUGUAUAUAGGAUGUUAUAUAUGUUUUAAAGUUGUA